AUGGCGAGGAAAGGAGGGGAGAAGGAAGAGGAGGAGGAGGAUGAGGAGGAGGAGACGACUGGCGUCGCGACCGGGGUGGUGAGGGUAAAGAGGGAGCUGCUGGCGGCAUGCAUGACGUGCCCCCUCUGCCACAAGCUCUUCCGUGACGCCACCACCAUCUCGGAGUGCCUCCAUACCUGUGAGUCUCUUCAUCCUCUCCCUUCCCAUCCUCUCCCCCCAGGGAUUUCGACGCGCAUCCGGGCUUUCCCCCUUCAUCUGGUUCUUUUUCUCUAUACGGGUUCUGCCCAUAGGCCGCCGAGUUCAUGAUCUGGUUUCCUGGCGGAUUUCCUCGAGAGAACCAACGAUGGAAGUGGGCUUGUCCCCGUCCUCCAUCUUCUACGACGGGUACAUUCCUGCGAGCAUGGAAUGAGGUCGUGCUUUCUUCCCCGCUGUUUUGGUUCUUCCAAGCGGGCUUUCUCGGUGGCUUCAAGGGGGGGUAUCCCUGUGGAGUCCGUCGUCCUCAUCCGCUGCGUGAGAUCAGACGGGAUUCUUCGUAAUACUGCUACGAUUGCGCGGAGAGGCCAGACUUCGUUCAUGUGAUCGUCAUGGGUCCCAUUACGAUAUCUGGGAAACAAAAGAAAUUGACGUUUUUGGUCCGUGGGUCGUCGGCCUGGUUUAACUGGGAAACAAAAGGCUUUACUUGGGAGUCACAAACUCUACUCUCAGCCAUAGGAGCGCUGAGAAUUUCUCUCAGCCAUAACAUGCAGAUGCAUGCACGCCCAUCUGAUUUGUGGCCGGUGAGGAUUCAUCCUUGUAUCUGUUAAUUAUUCAGAGGUUUUUUUAUUCUUGUAAGAAACCUUCUACUAGGGUAAUUGUUAGGAAGGCGCUGCCGGUUUUCUAGUUCUAACUAUUUUAUGACUAAUUCCCAGUUUGCUCACCCUCAUGAUGUUUGAUUUAUAGAAUGGUUUCUUCAAUUAUUCCACUUCAUCAGAGAUCGAUCAAUCAAUCAAUCAAUGAAUACGUGAACUGGGCUUGGGAAUCAUCCUAACUAAAUAUUAAUUGAGCUAUCGUAAAUGAAUUGUAAACAACUUCUGCUGCUGAAUCAUUGAGAACUUUGUCUGGGGCUACUUCUAUUGGAAACUUUGUGAAUUUCUGCCUGAGAUGGGGAAAACGAAGGACUAGUUCCUUCUCGUUCAAAGGUCUGAUGCUCAUGCUUAUAAGAGAGGGGCUGUUAGUGAGCACUGUUCUAUCUUCUAUACUGAGCUUUUACGGGAGGGUCAGGUUCUAUUUAAUUAAUUUCGAUACUCUUCUAUUAAGAAAUCCAGUGGGCCCACUAAUGUGUCCGUUUGAUUAAACCACCCUUUUAAUAUGUCCUCAAGCAUGCAUUUAACCAAAAUAUCCUAAUAAUGAAGCCGAAUGGGCCACCUUAAGGUAUGGUUAGCAGCCCCAGAUUCGUCCACCUGGACCAUUCCGCAAGCACUUGUGAUUUGGGUUGGGUAAGUAUUUUUUGUGGGCGUGUUCUCAUACUCAAUUCCUACUACAUGUAAGAAAAUAAUACCGGCUCGUUGUUGCAAUCUCUGGUGUAUGUUUGAGUUGUCUUGUUGACUUUUUUGUUUUUAGGAAACUUGUCCUUCCUUUUCUUGUUUUCUUGAAGUUUUUUUUCGGAAAUUCAUCUCAGGACAAGAAAGUUGUUUCAUCUGUUCUGCUUGGAUCUCAAUGGUUUGUGGAAUAUUCUUUGAUGAUAAAAUAUCUGAAAGCCUUGACCAUCGUUGACUUAUUGUUUUUUUCCUUACCCUUUGUUUGCAUCAGUUUGUCGGAAAUGUAUUUAUGAAAAACUGACUGAGGAAGAGGUGGAUUUCUGUCCAACUUGCAAAAUUGAUCUGGGUUGUUCCCCAGUCGAGAAGCUCAGGUGAACUUUUUCUUAUCCAUUUCUUUUUUUUCUCAUUGAUAUUCUACCGAGUAUUUCUGGCUUGGCAUAGUAAUAAUACUCAGAGUUUGGGAUCAGUGUAUUAGCUUAUGACUUAGACUGGGAAAAAUUACUUGGACUUCAACUGUUCCUUUUAAAUCAAAAGAUUCCUUAUAAAGGAACCUUCAAUUGGUGACUUGGUCAAUCCUAAUGUUUAUCUAGUGCUGGAAUUUUGGAAAAUUUCAUGAUUUCAGACUGAAUUACCUAACCCUGAUGGACCCACAUUUUAAUUAUUAGAUAAUAGUAUGGUGAAGUAUGUUUUAAACAAUUUUUUAUUUACUUGCAUGAAAAAAAAAUGUCAUUUUUUUGUGAUCUUACUAUUACGAAUGACAUUUAAAUCGUUCUGAGGAUUAUAUUCUUGAAAAACUGAUCCAACUUGUUCGAGUUGGACCAAUUCAGACUGGGUAAAUGUACCCUGAUUUAUGCACAUUUCAAUUCUUCAUUUUUAGCAUAUUAGGCAUAAUUUUAGUCAUCCGUGCCAUUGUAGAAUGACCAACAGAUCCAUUGAAGGGGGUAGUGCCCUUGUGUGAGAUCUAUUGCCUAGUCUUUCCAUCCUGUAGUUACAGGUGAAGGGCUCAACAUGGAAACAGUUGAGUUGAGGCAAUGGAGAUCUAAACACAAAUUUGAGAACAACCCUUCAAAGCUGAAAAAGAAUAACCCAUUGGGUCUAAUGUUUUUAAAUGAUAUGGAUUUCCGUGUUGAUGAUCUUUUCGGUUGACAUUCUGUGAUAUUUGACAUUUUCUCAUAAUCAUACAACCUAUGGCUCCACCUGAUGAGAUGCAGGCCAGAUCACAAUCUUCAAGACGUGAGAGCAAAACUUUUCCCCCUAAAAAGAAGGAGAAUCAACAUCCCCGAAGUAGCUCCUGUUACAUUGCCCAUACGACGAAAGGAGAGAUCGCUUUCUUCAUUGGUUGUCAGCACACCCCGCAUGGCAACACAGAGCAGUUUGACUGGGAGGAGGACAAAAGCAACACCCAGAAAGGCUACUGGUUCACACGGCGAUCCAAUAAGAAAAGAAGAUAAUUCUGAAGAGCAGCCGGAGAGCACAAGCUCUGCAGAGACUCUCAGCAGAAUGGCACAGAGUAGAAAGCAGGUAGAGGAGCAGACUACCCAUGAAUCUUGUUCUUGUUCGCCUUCUCAUGUCGUGUCCCUUAGAAAAUUUUGAUUAUUUCUGCAGAAUUCUUCCAGUGUGGAGCCAUCAAACCAGACAUCGACUAAAGACCUAGAGAAUGGGGGGGAAGCUUCUGCCGACAUAACCGAAAUGUGGAAGCCCUUAAAUUGUUUAGUUGAAGCUGCAAAUAGAACAAAGUCUUUUAAAGUCGAUGGGCAAUCCUCUGUUGGUAGGUCUGGACAAAAUAUUGGUCAUGAAACAAAGGCAGGGGGGCAAUCACUUAAGUUGGAAGUGCAGCAUGAUGGUAAUAAAUGUGUCCCUGUAAGUCCAGCUCCAACAAAAGCUCGAAGGAUACAUGGCGUUGGACGGAAAAGGGGUCCUGCUUCAAGGGAGCUUGGAGCAACAACGCAAGCAUUACCUGAAGCCAGUUGUGUGAAACAGGAAACGAGGAUUAGUCCAAUAUGGUUCUCAUUGACUCCUGCUAGAGACCAGUUAAUAAAUUUAUUUAUUUUUCUCAACAAGGGUAUCCUAUGUGAUACAAGUAUUUUUUUUAUAUAUAUUCUUUUAGUUUAUUCUAUUUAAUCAUCGUUUUAGGGAGGAGGAUGCUCGAUUGCCGCAGAUAUCUGCAUCUUAUGUGAGAAUAAAGUGAGUCACCCUUAUGCUAAGUUAUUAUUGUUAAAUAUCGCUUGAUAUAAUCAUGCCUAUUGAUUGACUAACGUGUGGUUUUGGAAUCUUGGUUAUUGAUUUUUUAUUAUGAAUGUAGAUGUUCUACCACGUUUCAUAGAGCCACUUAGACAACCAUGAUGGGACUGUCAAUCUUUUCUUGUUUGACUAAGAUGCCACUGACCCUGAGAGCUUUGGCCAAGGAUCUCUUUUUCCUUAGGGUACUUUAAAACUAGCUUGGGCACCAAGAAAGUGAAAGAGAAAUUAUUUGGUGAAGCAUUUUGAAGGGAAGAGAAUGUGAUCUGGUUUCUAAUUAUAUCGGUUCUCUGAUUUCAUUCAAUUUUUAUAAGUUGAUUAAUGAUUUUUUAAUAGUUGAACCAAUUAUGAAGACAUUCACGCUUGUCGCUAUAGAAGACAUUUUGAGGAAAAUAUAGUUUAAAUCCUCAUCGAGGUCAACUAUGCUGGCAUUUACGAUGGAUUGAGGUCUCCCAGAUUUGAUUUCAUGAGAAUCAGAAAAAUUCACCAGAAAAUUGUGUCGAGUUGUAGAAAUUGUUGCGAUUGGUCUUUGGUUUUUUCAGUCAGAAUAUAUGAACAAAAAAGUAAAUUUCUAACCUUUAAAUAUUCCCUAGUAUUCCUAGAAAAACGUAAUAAAACAGAGGUUCUAUAAAUGACUAUUUACAAGGUAAAAUUCUUCUAUCCCCUGGCCUCAUCACCCCCCCAGUGGUCAUGAUCCUGGAACUGACCUUCAGUUUUCUUUCUAGGCGUGGUAUGCUGGGCUUUUUCAGGUGCGGAAAUAAAGAUAAAGAGACAGUAAAGGUAUUCAUGGAGGACAACGAAAAGGGAUAGAGGAAGAAGCUAAUGGAAAUGGGCUUCCUCUUUUCUAUCUUUAUCUGUUUUCUUCCAUUUUUCCAUCACCCGUGGGAAGAAAAAUACUGUAAAAAUGGCUCUAGAUCUUUGAUAGUCGUGACCUCUAGUCCCCCCACCCCCCAAGAAAAAGCUAGAAGUAAGCAUAUAAUAUAUAAAUAAUAAAAUAAAAUAAAUACAUAAAAAUUAAAUAAAAGGACAGGAAUAACAUUAUGAACCGUUUUUUUCUGUAUUCUCUUUCUUCUGUUUUUCUCUCUCAAACAACUUGGAUUCCCUAUCCUGUAAAUAGCUAUCUGGCACUUGUACUUUUUUUGGAUUACAUUAAGCGUCUUGGAUAGCUUUCAAUAUAUUGAAAUCUCAGCGUAGAAUAAUGCAUUACUUGGGAAAUAAUUCGUGGCAAUGCUGACUUUAACUCUUGGAUAUCACCUGUAUGCAUUUCAUGGUUAAUGAUGUUACCGUUUGGCCCCCUAGAUAUAUAUUUUAAGCUGACUUCGCAUAUCCUUGCACACAUAUUUUUUUUGAAACUUUCUGACCUGCCAUCGUGUUUGUGAAUUUUCCCUUUAUCCAUUAAUGUCCUUAGACAUUUAAAAUGUUUUCAUUAAUCUAGGAAUUGCCUUUUUUUUUAAAUAGGGAUUGUAAUCUACCAGUUUUAUUCAUUCAAAAGUACUUGGCCAAGAAGCUUGACCUUGCCAGUGAGACAGAGGUGAAAUCUCUUUCCAAUAUUUCCUUUAACAUUUUACAUCGUCUCUGAAUUAUCCCAGAUGAAAUAAAGUUAGAUCAGAAGAUGCAUGCUAAUGUUACCUUUUUCUUGCUCUAAGUGAGAAUUCUGUGUCCUAAGGAAAACUACACUACAUCAAAGAAAAUGUGAGAUCAUCUUUCCUGCUUAACUUUCCCUUCUUACUCUGGAACUUGACAGUUUUUGCAUCCUUUAUGUGCAUGGGAGUACACGUUUGAGAAGUAGAAAUUUUUUUGAUGAUAUUUUGGUAGAAAAUUUAUUCUCGUAUUUAGCUAGUCAUGUGUUUGGAAGUAGAAAUUUGAUCUCACUAAGUUUUAAGAAAAAAAAGGAUGAUACCAAGUGCCAAUCUCCAUAACCUUUAAUCAGAAGGAUUGGGCAGAAAUAGAAAUGAAAAGGAUAGUUUUGAGGAUGUUAAUUUCCUAAUGAAUGACAGAAAGGAUGGUUACAAGUCAAGGAUGACGGUCUCCUUAAAUAUUUCCACACUUUGAGACAUUUAGGCCUAGAAAUAUAAGAUCUUAUUUUCUCUUGAUCUAGUGGGAGAAUGAGAGGCCCACUUCGUCUUCUUUACACAUACACAGAGAUAGAGAGAGAGAGAGAGAGAGAGAGAGAGAGAGAGAGAGAGAGAGAGAGAGAGAGAGAUGUAACUAAUCAUCAAAUCCCCAAGUUCCAGGUAUAUAUACCCUGCUGCCAACGAACCAUAGUUUAUCCGGGUACCACAUGCCUACAAGACCUUCCAGAAGUGUUAUACAUACAAGUUUAUUUAUUACAAUAAAAAAUGUAGAAUGUAAUAUGAAGCAGUAGCAUAUGCACAAAACCCAGUGCACACCCACCCUUUAUUGUUCUCCGUAAUAUGCACAGGCAUCAGUAGAUUAUACUCGGUGAUGAUGGUGUACUAGAAAAUGUGGCCAUUGCUAGGUUAGUAGAUGAAGCCCCCCAAUCACUUUCAUGAAUUUUCUACCCCUAUUUUUGGGCAGAAGCGAAAACAUUAAAUGCACGACAGAAUUGAAAUAUCCCAUUCAAUUUCAUACCCGGUAGAAUUUAGAUCAGUGAAAAAAGUGGUUUUAUACUCUCGUCAUUCCUUAUUACUUUAUUCUUGCUAAUACUGAACCAGGAAGUACGUAGGUUUGAUCUUAGCAAUGAUUGUGUUGGAAUGUCUGGGCAAAUUUAUUGUUUAUUAAUCCAAUUUAUUUUUUAUUUUUUAAACUUACGUAAUUAUUGUUUAUUAUUAGCCAUUUUUUGGCCCAAACCUUGGAAAUUUUAGUGGUUUGAUGAGCAUCUCUGCGUCAUAAUGAUUGAGUAAAUAAUGGGCUUGGAGUGUUGAUGAUAAAAAAACCGAUUUCCUUUUUUCUUUUUUCAAGGCCAGGAGAUAAUGAUGAUGAUAGCUAGACAUAUAGAUGGAAAACUCUUUGCCCUCACAGAACUUGCUCAUCAUGAUCUGAUCGGUUGAUCUGGACAAAUAUCGCGUCACUUGUUCUCAAUAUGUGCUGCCAUUUCAGCCGCCUGAUUGGGUCCAGAUGGGUCUAAUUCUUCUUGGCCCUUCUGCUAUCGACCAGCUUAUUCUGUCUAAAUCAUCUAGCACAAACACACAGAUGUAUAUAUAGAUAUAUAUAUAUAUAUAUAUAUAUAUAUAAUAUAUAUAUAUACUAUGCUGGUUCAGAAUUCUCCACCUGAGAUUGAUCCAAUGAAGAAUCGGCCGCGAUCGUUUGAUGUCAGAAGGCAUCUGUGUCUUCAUUCCCAUUCCCAUUUAUGGCUUUUGGCGUUCUCUUCGUGGUGUGAGGUCUCAACUCCGGCUGGCUCGAACUUUGUGCAGGUGGAGAUCACAUGCAGAGGGCAGCCCGUCUCCCCAGCGCUGGCGAUGUGGGAGUUGGCGGGAUUGUGGCUGCAGGCAGGCCCGUCACAGCGGGCCCCGGCAUCGAUUGGCACCUCAGCUGAGGAUUUUGUGAUGGCACUCGGAUAUGCCCGAAGGGCCAUCUCUGCCUAG